UCUCCUUGGCAGUGGCACUGUCAGUCUGUCACUGUGCCUUUCCAGUCAUGCAUUAGAGGGCCAAACGUUUCCCCUCGCAGGCUCGAAAACUCUCUCUCUCUCUCUCCCGCCGAAGUCGUGUUUCCGAUCAGCAGCUUCUGACCGCCAAAUCACUCGAACGUUCGGUUCCACAAAUCAGAUCUAUAUAGUCUUAUUUAUUUCAGUUUUAAGUUGCCGCGUAGUGAAAUACACUUUGCAGCGUGAGACAGGUUUUCUGAAUUAAUGCUUCGUACGAAAAUAUAAAUAAAUAAAUCAAUACGAUUUUGCGAACCGGAGUAAUUAAUUAAGAUGUGUCACGCUAAAAUUGAACACGAGGGAACCACAGGGAAGUCUACGGACACCACGGACGGCGAACUACGGCAGGGUCGUCAAGGCAGAGGUCGGGCUAUCACGCAGAUAAGCGCCUGUCUAGCUGCCUCCCUUGGGAACCUGUCAGCAGCUGCUGUUAAUGGCUGGACAGCAUCAACUCUACCAUCUAUGAAGGAAGACCCAGAUCUGUCCAUGACCACAGCGGAGCUGGCUUGGAUUGUGAGCAUCAUCUCAGUUGGCUGUAUGGUAGGGAGCGUCUUUGCCGGGCGACUCAUGGACUGUAUUGGACGAAGGGCGGCACUCAUGAUUAUGGCGCCGUGUUUAUCUGCAGGGUGGGUUACCAUAGCUCUCGCUCCAAAUACUGCGAUUGUAUUGGUUGGGAGGAUGAUCUGUGGAGUUGCAACUGCUUUCCUGUUUUCCACUGGCACUGUUUACUGCAGCGAAGUACCCGAGGCUCACAUGAGAGGGCGUUUGGGUCUCAUUCCAGCGCUGUUCAUGACUUUUGGCGUCGUUCUGUCUUACAUAGCAGGCGCAUUCUUCUCAUGGCGCAUCAGCUGUUAUGUCUGCUCAGCCCCGCUCAUCUUAAUGUUCGCGCUCUUGUGGUUCAUACCUGAAUCUCCCUACUGGUAUAUAUUGAAGGGGAAGAAAGAGGGGUGUGAGGCCUCCCUUAGGUGGCUGAGAGGGCCAAAGUAUGACUUUUCCGUUGAGCUGGCCGAAAUGGAAGAUAAAAUUAACUCUGUGGGUAAAAAAGUGCAAUACCGCGAGCUGUGGAGACCGCGCACCAGGAAACCAUUCUUAAUUUCCCUGUUCAUGAGCACCUUGCAACAAGUGAGUGGCGGCAACAUCCUCAUGAUGUUCACUGGGCUGAUUUUCAUGUCUGCGGGGGUGGAGAACCAUCGCAUGGCCACCGUUGCCACCGGAUUGGUGCAGAUCGUGGGCACACUCCUGAGUAUGUUCGCUGCUGACCGUCUUGGGCGACGCCCGCUCAUCAUCGCUUCGACUUUCAUCAUAAGCCUGGCAACAACGUUCCUAGGUGUAUAUUACCUCAUGAAAAAUGUUUUUGGAAAUCAGUGGCCCCCCUGGGUGCCUCUCGUCUCUGUGCUGACUGCAGUUGUCGGUUACUGCCUCGGAUGCCGUACCUUGCCCUGGCUGCUUUCAGCUGAGCUCUUCAACACCACCAUUAGGUCGACUGCAAAUGCUGCCACUCUGUUUUAUAACCGUCUGCUGAGUCUGACAGUCUUGCAGGUCUACCCAUUUUUCGAAGAGGCCUUCGGGGCACACACAGUCUUCUUCACCUUCGGAGGCUUAAGUAUGCUUUGCUCUCUUGUCUCUUUCUUCGUCGUCCCAGAGACCAAAGGGAAGACGCUGGAACAGAUUCAGGAACAUUUCGAAACUUCGAAGAAGAAGAAGAAAGGUAAACACAACAUCGUCCACCCGGCGAGUGAGGUUACUGCGGCUACGAGUGUCUGAAGAAGAUAAUUAUAAUGUUUUCCUAUUAGAACUUUCAUUUUGCCCGUACCUGUUGAUAUAUAUGUCACGUACAGUGACAUAUAUAUCCCAAUCAGUAUAGUAUAUAUACUGAUUGGGAAUACUAGAGAGAAACUGCAGAAUUUACCAAAGGAUUAUAAGGGGAUAAAUGUGAGCAAGAGUAAAAUUAUGAUGGUAAAUGGGAACCAAGAAUACGCUGCAGUGAAUACAACCAGGGAGAUAGUCUAAUGAAUGUUGGUGUGGACAGCUAGGUAAUAGAAGGAGCCAAAUUCUUACAAGUAUCUAGGACUAAAGACAUGAUAAAAGUAGGAUGAGAGAAGAGACAAGUCUCAGACGUGUGCAAAAGACUGGGAGCCAAGGUUGGACUGUGUGAAGAAAGCAUUGUUAAACCAACUCUCUGUUAUGGAAGUGAAGUGUGACUGUUGAAUGCCAUUGAAAGAAAGAAGGUGGAAGCUGUAGAGAUGAACUAUUUACGUAGUAUUUGUGAUAAAAGAACACCUGAAAGGAUGAGAUGUGUGAAAGAAGGUCGUAAGACUUAGAAAAGGAUGGAUAAGUGGUGAGUGUACUAUUGGUCCCUCUGUAUAAAUCUGUGAAGGGUCCUGUGUUUUGGAAGUUUUCUGCACAUGGUUUCAUCAACGAUCCUGCCAUUCAAUUGUGACCGUAGUAGUGAAUGGAAUAAUUGACUCCAAUGCUCAUAUACACAGUGAAAUGGUCGUGCAUUCCCGACUGUCACUUGUCUGAGUUGGGUCUCUUUGCUAUAGAUCUGAAGGAGGCAGCUUGACAGGUAUGUGAAGUCACUGAUACGGUGAGGUCAUAUACCCACACCAUCAGCUUCAGUGUAUCGAUGGCAUAUAUAGGGGGUUCCUCCCUUAAAGACCCUCGAGAACUUAGUAUCCAAACAAAUGGGCAACGAAAAAUCACUGGCUCUGUUUCACGAUGCAGUUACUGCUGCAUUGUUGGGUCUGCGGUGGGAGGUUGAAACCACCAUUUUGUAAACUCCUUUCUAUGACAAUACAUUACUUUAUCCAUGUUAAAAUGUCGAUGAAUAAGCUUUGAUAAAGAAUUGUAAAUAAAAACCAUCUUAUGGUAAGAAUAAACAAAUAAAUCAAAACCAA